GGAGCAGGUCGAGGAAUAUAAAGAAAAACCGAGAAAAAGGAAGACCGAUAACGACCAAAAAAACCCGAAGAGAAGGAAACGUCUCCAACGUCGUUGCAGGGACAAAUUAGAGGGGAGGAAGAGAGGCGAAGAAGUAAAUACAAAGACAAAAACAGAAGGAGAGAAGAGUAUCGUUAGAGGCUCUCCGUUAUUCCUCCGAGGGCACUGUUCCGUUUCACGGUUUACUUGUAAUUGCACCGAGAAGGCGGGUAUGUAAGUGGGGUGGAUUCUCCAUCUCGGUGGUGUCGCUCUCGGGAUAAAACACCGACUCGGUGAUUUCCGGACUCUGUCUUUGCUGUUGGAACAUUGGGAGCCAUCGCUGGCCGAGAACGGCGAAAGUUGGAAAGUGCAAAAUUGCACUCCGAGGCUAGGAUAUGCCUGCCUUCGAGGACCAGUGUCCAGUCAAGGGACUAGAGGGCCUUUUAGAAGAGAGCUUUGGCGAACCUUUGGAAGUACAACACGUUAAUUGGAGGCGCUUAACCGAACCGGGAGACAAUUACGGCAGCCUGAUAAUCUCCCUAGACGUAGAAAUCGGCAAAAAUGGAAAUCAGGAGACAUUACACCUCGUCGCUAAACUCCCACCGUGCACGCAAUAUCUCUUGGACCUGUUCGAUAGCCCGGUGACGUUCCACAAGGAGAUCUAUCUGUACAGGACGUUGGUUCCCGCUCUGAUCGAGCUGCAGCUCGAAAAUGGGCUGCCAAAGGACAAAGUCGUUCCGCUGGUUCCACAAUUUUACGGCGGCAGAAUGGGCCUAUCCAACCGGGAGACGUUCGACACCCAAGCCGCGCUUAUCCUGGAGAACCUGGUAACGAGUGGCUACUCCACCGAAGAACGGAUAUCUGGGAUGGACAAGGCGCAUUUAGAGUUUGCGGUGAAGAGGUUGGCAGAAAUGCACGCAUUGCCCAUAGCCUUGAAGCUGAAAAAGCCAGAGGUCUUCAAGACCGCCAUAGCACCAGCCUUCGUGCCCCCUUCAAAUGACACGGCUGCAAAAUGCAUCUCGGGGAUGAUCUCCAACGUCCACGAGGACUUGAGGAACAUGGAAGAGGCGAAGCCUCUGAUCGGCAAGAUAGACAGGACCUUGAAGUUCAGCUAUGACAAGGUGGACCUUGCGGGUAAGGUAGAAGAGCCUUGGGGGACUCUGGUGCACAACGACUUCUGGGUCAACAACAUGCUCUUCAAACACGACCAUUCCGGGAAAAUAAUUGACAUGAAGAUCGUGGAUUUCCAGCUAUAUGUCUACGACUACGGCAUGAAGGAUCUCAUCUUCUUCCUGAUGUCAAGCGGCAGGAAUGACAUCAUGGAGGAGAACCUCGAUCGGCUGAUCGACCUUUACUACGAGUCUUUUAUCGGGUGCUUGAAGUCUCUGAAGGUGGAUGUUCAAGAGUUUUCGAAAAAGUUGUUCAUCGACUGUCUGAACAAAUGUGCUCCCGCUAAACUGGCACAGUGCCUGAUGAUGACUCAGGUUAUCCAAGCCGAGCGGAAUAAAGCGGCUGAUCCUCAAAAAAUGGAUGAAUUGAACAACUUUAAAGCCACCGGACAAGCCUACGAGCGCAAACUGUUGGACAUCGUGAGAAUUUAUGACAAAAGGGGAUGGUUCGUCAAUUAACCAGACGACUACUUUAGGAAAAACUUGCCAAACCUGCAGCUAACCGUAAUGCAGCAGCUCGCCAAACGUCUUGCCCGAAAUGUGUCUUUCAGAGGGCUUUAUCUAUUUCUGCUUAUAUUACUGCUUUGUAUUAUAGUAUAAAAAAAGGGCAUUCGAUAUAAGAUGUUCGUGCCUUGUAAUAAAGUCCAUUUAAGCAGA